GCGAUUCUGGCUCGGAUUCGGUUCUGGUUCUGAUAAACACUUCCGGAGAUCUGCUCGGUUGCUGAGGAGCAUCGGGUUUAUCAACUUUUAUAAACAUUUGGCGCAUUUUAUUGUGAGUUUAUUGUUUUACUGUGAAACUGAUGGCAGAAGAAGCGCAGGAGUUUCAGAAACUGCAGCUCGAAGCCGUUAUUGGGUUCAACGGUCAUGUGUUCUCAGGACUGCGAGUCCACCCGGACCAAGAGCACCUGAUCUACCCACUCGGCUGCACGCUGAUCAUUAAGAACCUGCUGGACGGGAAGCAGGGGUUCCUCCAUGGACACACCAACAACAUUUCCUGUGUCUCUGUGUCCAGGAGCGGGACGUAUGUGGCAUCAGGACAGGUCACCUUCAUGGGCUUUAAGGCCGAUGUGAUCAUUUGGGAUUACGCUAAAAGAGACAUUUACGCUCGGCUCAUCCUCCACAAGGCCAAAGUGGAAGCUCUUGCUUUCUCUCCGAAUGAGAAAUACCUGGUGUCUCUCGGAGGACAAGACGACGGCAGUAUCGUGGUGUGGAACGUGGAGAAGAAGGAGGCGAUCUGUGGGAGUCCGACGUCGGGUCAGAGCUCAGGUCACUGUCUCACCAUCAACUACUGCAACCUCAGCGAUGACGUCUUCAUCUCAGCAGGACAUGGGACGCUCCGUGUGUGGGAACUCGACCUCCCCAACAGGAAGAUCCGCCCCACGGAGUGUCAGAUGGGGAAGUUAAAGAGGGUCAUCAAGUGCAUAGAGAUCUCAGAGGACGACACUUUCUUUUACUGCGGCACCACGAGUGGAGACAUCCUCAAAAUGAACCUGAGGAGUCACCUGCUGAGCAGCUGCGGUCCAGAGAAGCAAAAAUACAGCAAGGGUGUACAUGCUCUGAAGAUGUUGAAGACAGGAGAUUUAUUGGUGGGGUCAGGAGACGGAACAUUAAGCAUCUUCUCCAGCGCAGACUUCAAACCCAUCAAGAGUGUGAGUCUGGAGGGCGGCGUGUCGUCCGUGGCUCUGCGUGGUGAAGGUCAGCAGGUGUUUGUGGGCACGGAGGCGUCUCAGAUUUACAGGUUCAGCUACACGGACUUCACGCCGGAGCUCAUCACCACCAGCCACAGCAGCGCGGUUUGGGACGCAGCCUUUCCUUUAGGAACGUCGGAGCUCUUCGCCACUUGUGCUCAGGAUGAUAUCCGUGUUUGGCACACAGAGACCAGUAAGGAGCUUUUACGGAUCCGAGUCCCAAACAUGACGUGCAACGCGGUGGACUUCAUGCAGGACGGCCGGAGCAUCUACAGUGCGUGGAAUGAUGGGAAAAUCCGCCUGUUCACUCCGGAGAGCGGCCGCCUGAUGAUGAUGAUCCCGAACGCUCACAGUAUGGGUGUGACGGCGAUAACGAGCACCAGUGACUGCACACACCUCAUUAGUGGAGGAGGAGAGGGACAGGUACGAAUGUGGGAGAUCCUGAAGAACACACACAGACUUGUCGCCAGCAUGAAGGAGCACAAAGCUUCAAUCAACGCCAUCAAGCUCAAACGUAAUAAUGAGGAGUGUGUGACAGCGAGCUCAGAUGGAACCUGCAUCAUCUGGGACCUGGUGCGUUUUGUGAGGAAACAGAUGGUUUUGUCAGACACACUGUUCAAAACCGUCUGCUAUCAUCCUGAAGAAUACCAGAUCAUCACCAGUGGAACGGAUCGUAAGAUUGGCUACUGGGAGGUGUAUGAUGGAGAAGUCAUUCGAAAGCUGGAGGCCUCACAGUCGGGGGCCAUUAAUGGCAUGGACAUCAGCCCUGACGGAACUCACUUCAUCACUGGUGGUGAUGAUAAGCUGGUGAAGGUGUGGCAUUACGCCAAUGGUGAUGUCACACAUGUGGGCAUCGGCCACAGCGGCAGCAUCAGCAGCGUGCGUUUGUGUCCCAACAGGAAAUUCAUCAUCACCACCAGCGCAGACGGAGCCGUGCUCAGAUGGAGAUUCCCACACAGCACAACAACCACACCCACAAACACAUAAACCACACCCAUGCAGCACACAAACCACACCCACAAACCCACACACCACUCUCCUGAGAUGAGAUAUUCCUUUCUUGAGCCCGGUGAGGGGAGAUCCAGGUGUUGCAGCAGCUAAAGUACAGAGGAAGCUACAGAUUAAUGGAGGUGAAGUUUAAAAAACUUUUUUAGAACA